AUGUCGAAGAGCAGCACAGGAGUCAUAACCUGCAAAGCAGCCUUGUGCAGAGGAAUGGGCGAGCCAAUAAAGUUAGAAGAGAUAGAGAUACAGCCACCAAAAGCUUCAGAAGUUAGAGUAAAGAUGCUAUACGCCAGCCUCUGUCACACAGACAUUCUGUGUGCCAACGGAUACCCAAUCCCGGUGUACCCUAGAGCGCUAGGACACGAAAGUGUUGGCGUGGUGGAGCGUGUUGGCGAUGGAGUAACCGAGCUCAAAGAGGGGGACCUCGUCAUCCCAACCUUCCUGGGAGAAUGCGGGGAGUGUGGGAAUUGCAGGUCAGGAGUGACUAAUGUGUGCACAACAUACCCUUGGCCUGCCACAGGCCUAAUGCCCGACAACACGUCAAGAAUGUCUGUCGGAGGGCAAAAGCUCUACCACCUCUUUAGCUGCUCCACAUGGUCAGAGUACGCAGUUAUUGACAUCAACUAUGUCGUCAAGAUUAAUUCGAGCAUGCCUCUAACACACGCUAGCUUAAUCUCCUGCGGAUUCACAACCGGAUUGGGAGGGCCUUGGAAGCAAUGCAGGGUCGAAAAGGGCUCAACGGUGGCUGUGUUUGGGCUUGGCGCUGUGGGACUAGGCGCGUUGGAAGGGGCUCGAAUGCAAGGAGCAGCAAGAAUCAUUGGCAUUGAUAAAAAUGAGAAAAGAGCUGAGAAAGGCCGAGUUUUCGGGAUGACUGAUUUCAUCAACCCGACUAAAUAUGAUAAAUCUGUUUCGGGAGUGAUAAGAGACAUGACGGAGGGAAUGGGGGUGGAUUAUUGCAUCGAGUGCACCGGAGUUGUGCCGGAGGUGAAAGAGGCUCUUGAAGCGGUUAAGACUGGGAGAGGAACAAUGGUGGCAAUUGGUGCAGGGAAUGAUGAUAUGCAGCUACCUUUUCCUAGCUUGUUGCUUGGUAGGACCGUGAAGGGUUCCAUUUUUGGAGGGGUAAAAACUAAGUCUGAUUUACCAGUUAUAGCUGACAAAUGUGUAAAUAAGGAGAUCAAAUUGGAUGAGCUUUUGACUCAUGAAAUCUCUCUGGACGAAGUAGGCAGAGCAUCUGAGCUGUUGAUGCAACCGGAUUGUAUCAAAGUAAUAAUCAAGAUCUGAGUGUUUUUAGCAAUAAUUAUUAAAGAUUGUAUUGUAUAUGAAUGCAAUUAAAACAUUUUCACAAAAGAUGAAGAACAAAAAAAAAAAAAAAAAAAAAAAAAAAAAAUGAUGUUAGCAAAAUAUUUGGUGGGUGCAAUAAUUGUAUAAAUGACCAAAUUGAUUAAGCAUCUUCGGCUUAGUGGAUUUGGAUCUCUCCAACGUUAGAGAGGGUUGUGUAGUUCAUCAAGAGUGGAGAUUGCAUUAUCAGGUUAUGAGAGUUGACCAUUUAGGUUUUACCUGGUGGUUUAAUCUUUGCCCUAGAUGAAAUAAAGGUCUCCCUCAAUGAAGAUGAUCGAUCGUUCAUUGAAAAUUAAAGAAGGUAAUAAUAUCCAAUAAACAUUAAAGUAGAAGGUUUAAUUAUGUUGUCCAUUAAGAAUUUUAUGAUGUUAGGGAGAAACAGAUAAAAAUAUAGAGAGCUUAAUGAGGAUAGAGAUUUUGAGGUUUAGUAAAAAAUUUUAAGUUCCGGAAUAGGUUAUUGUUGAAUGUUGAUCAUUUGUCUUUUUUAUCAUAUGGCCAAUUGGGUCACU